UGAUCAUGUUCUACACCCAAAUUAUAGUAAUACUCAUUUGCCCUCUCCUCCUCCUAUUGGUGCCGUGGAAGUGGCCGCUGAUGAGGCUGCUCCCGACGGCGUACCUCAAGAGCCACAAACUCUACGACAAGCUUACGCAAGUCUUGGCCGAAAACAAGGGCACCAUCCUAUGCAAAACCUCGUGGUACACAAACGUGGACACCUUGGUCACUAGCGAUCCACGCAACGUGCACCACAUUCUCAACUCCAACUUCUCCAAUUACCAGAGAGGAUCCGAGUUCAGAAAGGCCUUCGACUUCCUUGGGGAGGCCGUCUUCGUCAAGGACAUCAAGGAGUGGAAGCAAGACAAGAAAUUGACGCAUGGAUUCUUCAAAGAGUCCCAUUUCCAAACCUCCAUGCCCAAGAUCAUCCGCCGCACCCUCGAGCAAGGCCUCGUCCCAGUCCUCCGCCAUGCGUCCGAGCAUAAUCAGGUUCUUGAUCUGCAAGAAGUCUUCAGCAGGUACAUGAUCGACGCGACGUGCUUGAUGGCCACUGGAUCCGACAUGGCCUCGCUCAGGGUAGGGUUCCCACACUGCCCCCUCAUGCAGGCCAUGGACGACAUGGCCGACGCCGUCUUCUGGCGAAACGUCCUCCCCGAGAGGGUAUGGAAGCUGCAGAGCUUCCUCAAGAUCGGGACCGAGAGGAACAUGGCGCGAGCGUGCACCAAUCUCAACCGGAUCGUGGAUGAUUUCCUGUCCACCAAGCACCGCCAAAUCGGAGACGACUAUUUCGACGUGCUAAAUUUUUACCGAACCGGCGGCGACAACGAAACCCCCAAAAAGGAGUUCUUAGCUGCCAACAUCAUGACCCUUUUUUUCGCAGCCAGAGACACCUCAGCCGCUCUCCUCACAUGGUUCUUCUACUUAAUUAAUUCUGUAAACCCUAAAUCAAAAAACGCGAUUUUGGAGGAAAUCGAUCGUUUUUUUCCAUCUACUGAUAUUUAUCCGAAUGUGGAGGAUUUGGGGAAAAUGGUUUAUCUCCAUUGUGCCCUAAGCGAGAGCUUGAGGCUGUACCCGCCUGCGCCGGUGAUUAUGAGGGAUCCGGCGCAGGAUGAUGUGCUUCCGAGCGGGCACCGGGUGGGGAGAUCGACGAGGAUCGUGAUUUGCACGUAUGCAAUGGGGAGGGAGGCGGAGAUAUGGGGAGAGGACUGCGCGGAGUUUAGGCCGGAGAGGUGGAUGGGAAAGGAAGGAGGGGUGAGGCAUGUUGCAUCGCACAACUUUCUUGCGUUCGGAUCGGGCCCGUGGGCUUGUCCGGGCCGGGAAAUGGCGUUUAAUCGGAUGAAAGCGGUUGUGGCCACCGUUUUGCGUAACUUUGAUGUUGAGGUUUUGGAGGGGCAGAGUGUUAGCCCGAGUGUUUCUGCUUUUCUGACGGUUAAAAAUGGUUUCAAGGCUUCCGUUUCUCUUAGGCGCCUAUGAAUGCUUUUUUGGCAAAAUAAACUGAUUAGAAUAUUGUUUUAAUAUAUCAAUAUAUUCUUAUUUGAAAUGAUAGUACAUAUGCUAAUUAACUUCAUGUUUAUUGAGAAAACAUUAGUAUAUGAAUCUAAUCAUUAAAUUUAUU